AUGCUCCGCUUGAUGGGUUUUCUUAAUGCCAAAUAUCUUGGCCAUUAUGUCCGUGAGGCCCAACACUCGAUAGAAACUCAACAGGUUUACCUCUACGAGGUCCAACGCUCGAGAGAAACUCUUGGGGAAAUUUCGAACCUGGAUCAGAGAUCGGUUGAGAGCCCCACAGCCCCAAGCCAAAAAGUGGACUGUUCACGAUGCAAACAUGAUUUUUGCUGGAUGUGUUUAGGAGAUUGGAAAACUCAUGGUAGCGAAUACUACGAAUGCAGUCGUUACAAAGAAAACCCCAACAUUGCUAAUGAAUCUGCCCAUGCGCAAGCGAGGGAGGCCCUCAAGAAAUACCUCUUCUAUUUUGAAAGGUGGGAUAAUCAUGCCAAAAGUCUUAAACUUGAAGAACAGACCCUGACUAGCAUCAAAAGUAGAAUCCAAGACAAGGUGAUGAAUAACUCUGGAACGUGGAUUGAUUGGCAAUAUCUGCUUGAUGCUGCAACUCUGUUGAAAAAGUGCCGAUACACUUUACAGUACACCUACCCAUACGCCUAUUAUAUGGAUAAAGGGGCAAGAAAGGAGCUGUUUGAAUAUCAACAGGCUCAGUUGGGGGCAGAGGUUGAAAAUUUUUCCUGGAAGAUAGAGAGAGCUGAAAUCACAGACAGAGGGGAUUUGGAAAACCAGAUGGAUGUUGCUGAGAAGAGGAGACUGACAUUACUGAAAGACUUUCUUGAGAUUUAGGCACAGACACACAGACAGACAACCAUGCACGUAUACACACACACACACACAUGCCCAAUAACAUACGUGUUGCAGACAAGUGGCGGCUUUUACUAUUGGAAGAUUUAAUUGGCAUUUAGAGCCCUCCACACACAUACACACACAUAAUUUGUACACACAUACAAAUAUAUAUACACAUACAUACACACUUCCAUUCAUACUUUCAAAAACACGUUUAUAUAUAUACAUAUAUAUAUAUAUA